AUGGCCCCAAAACGAUCUCUACCGCCAAAUAUGCCGCCACCAAGAACGCCUAUGUUGGUGAGAGUGCGUCCGAGACGCCAACGGAUGGCACCGGCAGCUCCGGCUCCGGCUCCAGUGGCACCAGCUCCAGUGGCACCAGCUCCAGCUCCAACAGACCCUGAGCUCCCACUAAAUGUAGUGGAUCUCCCUGAAAUCAUCAGGGCCAGGGAGCAGGAUUGGAAUCGGGCCCUGGUAGCCCCAUGGAUCGAUCAGGCACCGCCUCGGGCACCGGAAUCGAAUCCUGCAAAUCCGGCACCAGGAGAACGGGGAAGACGGGGAUGGUUUAGCUCCGUUUUAGCCCUACUACUCUAUUCUUUUUGGGAUUAUCUAUUAAUAGUCAUUAUCAUCGUUAUCAUGAACCCGGGAUCGUCGUUAUCAUGGCAACCAGAAAAACCAUAUCCAAUAUUUUUUGCUAUUAUUGGCCCAAACAAUCGCCCUGGUCAGUGUUUCUUCUGCGCUCGAGUCGUUCUUUCUCAUUAA